AUGUCCAGUAGCAGGAUGGAGUCGGGGUUGCCGUCGCAGCCCAAUUUGCGAUUAACGAUCAUUGCUGCCGAUGGGCUCUACAAACGUGAUGUCUUUCGUUUCCCAGAUCCCUUCGCCGUGGCGACCCUCAGUGGCGAACAGACCAAAACAACGAGCGUUAUCAAGAAAACUCUCAACCCGUAUUGGAACGAGAGCUUUGAUUUACGCGCCACAGAGGAUAGCAUACUAGCAGUGCAGAUAUUUGACCAGAGGAAGUUCAAUAAGAAGAAGGAUCAGGGCUUCUUAGGUGUUAUCAACAUUCGAGUUGGCGAUGCUAUUGAUUUCGGAAAUCCCAGUGACCAAAUGCUUACCAGAGAUCUUAAGAAAUCGACCGAUAACCUAGUUGUGAAUGGAAAGCUCAUCAUAAAUCUCUCCACUAAUCUAGAUGCACCACCGCCAGGUAAUUUAGCACCUCCAAACAACCACCCAAGCAACUCCAGUCGUCCGUCUUUGCACACUCCCCAAGGCUCAACUGCAUCCGGCUUCCCUGGUGCACCACCAUCGCAUACCCCGCAGCCGUCUGGGGUGAUAUUGGCAAACGGAGCCAUGUCAACGGCACCAACACCAGGACAUGCUCCCGCUGCUGGGAGUGGUGGCCACUCGAGCGCAGCCGCCAUACAAGCAAAUGGCAACCCAGCACCUCGACACACCGGUACAUUCAGCUCCUUCGAAGAUGCACAGGGGAGAUUGCCCGCGGGAUGGGAGAGGAGGGAAGACAAUCUAGGGAGAACAUAUUAUGUGGACCACAAUACCAGAUCUACUAGCUGGACUCGACCCUCUGCUUCCGGUACAUCAGAGACCCAGCGGACUGAGCGAGACGCAAAUACGCAGGUGGAACGUCAAAGACAUCAGAAUAGAACUCUUCCAGAAGACCGAACUGGUGCCAACUCGCCCAAUCUACAGCAGCAACAACAGCAGGCUGCUGGAAAUGCGGCAAAUGCUGCUACCAUGAUGGCGACUGGAGCUACGACGGCAGGUACUGGAGAGCUGCCUCCUCUAUGGGAGCAGAGACACACCCCUGAAGGCCGACCAUAUUUUGUCGACCAUAAUACUCGGACCACCACCUGGGUUGACCCAAGACGCCAACAAUACAUCCGCAUGUAUGGCAAUCAAAACGCAACCAAUACCAUUCAGCAGCAACCCGUCUCACAACUUGGACCAUUGCCCAGUGGAUGGGAAAUGAGGCUCACCAACACAGCAAGAGUGUACUUUGUGGACCACAAUACCAAGACGACCACCUGGGACGAUCCUCGACUACCCUCUUCGCUGGAUCAAAAUGUUCCACAGUACAAGCGUGACUUCCGACGCAAGCUUAUUUAUUUCAGAUCCCAGCCAGCUCUUCGUAUUCUUUCUGGUCAAUGCCACGUCAAGGUCCGGAGAUCUCAUAUCUUUGAGGACUCUUAUGCCGAGAUCAUGCGCCAAUCUGCUACGGAUUUGAAGAAACGUUUGAUGAUCAAGUUCGAUGGCGAAGAUGGUCUCGAUUAUGGUGGUCUCUCGAGAGAAUUCUUCUUCCUCCUAUCCCAUGAGAUGUUCAACCCUUUCUACUGCUUAUUCGAAUACUCCGCCCACGACAACUACACCCUCCAGAUCAACCCGCACUCUGGUAUCAACCCUGAGCAUCUCAACUACUUUAAAUUCAUAGGCCGAGUCGUCGGCCUGGCUAUUUUCCAUCGUCGUUUCCUGGAUGCGUUUUUCAUUGGUGCACUGUACAAAAUGAUGCUUAACAAGGCGGUAGCACUGUCAGAUAUGGAAGGUGUAGACGCAGAUUUCCACCGAAGUCUUCAAUGGAUGCUGGAUAACCCUAUUGAAGGUGUCUUGGAUCAGACUUUCUCUACAGAAGAUGAGCGCUUCGGAGUUGUGAACGUAGAAGAUUUGAAACCUGGUGGAAGGGAUAUUGAGGUUACCGAUCUGAACAAGAAAGAAUAUGUCGACCUCAUGGUGAAGUGGAGAAUCCAGAAGCGUAUCGAUGAACAGUUCCAGGCUUUCAUCGCUGGAUUCCAUGAACUGAUUCCUGCGGAGCUGGUCAAUGUCUUCGAUGAGAGAGAACUUGAGUUGUUGAUCGGUGGUAUCGCAGAAAUCGAUGUCGAGGACUGGAAGAAGCAUACCGACUACAGAGGAUACACCGAGUCGGAUGAGGUCAUCAAAUUCUUCUGGCAGACAAUUAGGAGUUGGGACGGAGAGCAAAAGUCUCGUCUUCUGCAAUUUGCCACUGGAACUUCACGUAUUCCAGUAAACGGUUUCAAAGAUCUUCAAGGCAGUGAUGGUCCUAGACGCUUUACAAUUGAGAAGCAAGGAGAGGUUGGCAAUUUGCCGAAAUCCCAUACCUGUUUCAACCGACUUGAUCUCCCAGCCUAUAAAAGUCUGGAGCAACUGCAAACGAAAUUGACAAUGGCAGUAGAGGAAACAAUGGGAUUUGGGCAGGAGUGA